CCUGUCAAUACAAUAUUUAGUCUUUCAGAAUUAAUGGAACCUCUGGGUAAUAAAGUCGAGUUAACAACUUUUGUUAAAGAACUAAUAGGAAAAUGUAUAUUGAAGAAGUUAAGAGAAGUCAAAACAAGCUUGCACUUCGAAAGAAUUCAUCAAAUUUCCUGAGGGAAUUGAAUAUGCAACUGACAAUUCUAAAGGCAGUUGGACUAUUUCCAAUUGUCAAACAGAUCAGUGAUUAUGAAAUCGAAGGUCCAUCUCACCAGAACAACAUAUAUUCGACGAUUAUCCGGGGCAUUAUACAUAGCUUGACCAUCUUCAACUUGUACAGCAUGUUCCAACGGCAUUCGGUUGAGGGAUUCUCAACGGAACGGGAAACGGAUAACAUCAAUCAGUACAUUGAGAUAAUAAUCACCAUCACCACCUACACCGGAACCAUCAUCCUAUGCUCGAGACAUUCCAAUGACUUUCUGAAUAUUCUAAGGGACAUCCUUAAGAUCGAUUCCAGCAUCGAGCAAAGAUAUCAAGUUAAAGUUCAAAAUCAUUGCAAAUUUGCUCAAAUCACAGUUUUGGGAAUUUUUGCAGUUCAAUUAUUUUUGAUAAGUUUAAAAUUCACAAGCGGAGAUUUUACGAGUUCGAUUCAGUAUUUGUUUUUCUUAUUCUAUGCUUUUCAAAAUUGUAUUUGUUCGAUGUUUAUGAUACUUCUUUCGGCAUUGCUUCAGGUUGUUUCGCAGCGAUUUGAUUUUGUCAAUGCGAUUCUGGAGAAAUUCUCCUACAACAUGAUCGAAAUGAAGAUAGAGCAACGAUUGUUUGAAGAGGAUGUUACAUUUGUGUUUCGAUUGCACAAUAGACUUUUGAUAAUCUUUAAGCUGUUGAAUGAGUCGUGUAGUUUGAUGGUUGCCUUAUUUAUGGGUUAUGCUUUUUAUAGCAUAACAACAAAGACGUAUAAUAUUUUUGUGGAAUUUACAACUUACGAGGUGGUGUCAUGGGUUUUUCUGUUGGACUGCUUUGCUUGGCUGGCUGUGAAUACGACUCUUUUGGCAAUAUUAGCGAAUAUUUGCGGGCAAGCUACAAGGAAGGCUAACACAUUACAACAAGUGGUAGCAAAGAUCUAUGGAAGAAACAAGGACUCUCAAACCAUUAUUGAUAAAUUUUUAACCAAGAGUAUAAGACAGGAAGUAGAGUUUACAGCGUAUGGAUUUUUUGUUGUUGAUAAUUCUACACUUUUUAAUAUAUUUUCGGCAGUUACAACAUAUCUAGUUAUUUUGAUUCAGUUUAAAGAACUUGAAGAGACAAAAGUAGAGACUCCUACUACCAUCAGGGUGCCCAUACCCAGUAACCGAACUACAGCGCAGUAAACACAGAAAGUA